CAAACACUUUUAUUUAUCACAAUAAUAUUUUUCAUAAUAUAAACAGUACGGAGUUUUCAAUAUUGCGGAAGCUUAACAAUCAUAAUCACAAACAUAAUUUAUUUAUGUUCUUUAAUUCAAAACCAUCACAUCCAUUCCGACAAUCUCGCCUCCGUCUGCCUCCAGGAUCACGUCACUUCAUUAACCUGCGUGUAGUAGAUAAAACAUACUACACGCUCAUCGUUGAAGCUGAGAAGGAAAUAAUCGAUUUUCGGCCACUGUUCAUCAUCUUCUUCCUCUGUUCAAUUUUUAACAUUAUCAUUUUUAAUUACCAAACUUCAAUUAAAUUAUAUAGGAAUGUUCCCCAAUGUUCACAGAUCAUUUUAGAGUCAUUAAUUUGUAGUUUUAACAACAAUUUCUUGGUUUAUGAUUCUUGGUUCUUCAAACAUGUCAAACAUAAAACUCAACCAAACGACCGUUUAUGAACGUAAAAACGAUCUAUACGAACAUUCUAAUCACUAGAUAUAUCUACGGGCUUACCUCGAAGGUAAAUGAAGGUUUUGAAUAUUUUCCGGUGAAACUUCCGGCGAACACCACGUCUUGUUCCGGCGACCUCUCACCAAAUUGACAGCACCACUGCGUUCUCCACACUCAAGGCUAUCUCUCAGAAUGAAUUUGAUGAAGAAUGGUGAAGAAAUGGUGAAGUUGGGUUUCUUAUAUAGUAAAAGAAUGGAGGAAGAGGCCAAGCAAUUGGGAAUCAGGAAGGAAGAUCUCACUGGAGACAUAAUCGAACUGGAAGGGUCCAUUAAGCCGGAUGUUAUCAUAGGCGAGCAUCCAAAAGUGAGGCAUCUGAAGAUGGAUUUUGUGGUAGUUGAUAUCAAGUGUGCCCAUAAUGCCAUCUUGGGGAGGCCUGGACUGGAGGAUUUGGGAGGGGCUUUGUCUCUUGAACAUUUAUGUCUCAAGUUCAGGACUCCCGAAGGUAUCGAAAGAGCCCUUAGUGACCAGCCCGCAGCGAAGAAGGCUUAUCUAAACGCCUGCAAAAGGAUAGACAAGGAGAACCUCAACAUCCAAACCAUUGGACAAGCUUUGGAAGACAAAGAAAAGAAAGACGAGGACUGUGAGAGGCCCAGGCCAGCUGUGGAGAUGGAAGAAGCGAUGAUAUUCCCUAACGGAGAUCCGGAGAAGGUCGUAAGGAUCGGCUUAGGGCUAACUCCCUAUUUCAAAGCCCAUCCAGUGAGAAUCAUGACGGACCAACCUUUGGGAGAAGUUUUGAGGGACCCAUCCUCUUCUGGAAGGGUCAUAAAGUGGGCCAUGGUCCUCUCUCAAUAUGAUAUUUCUUACCAGCCCCGUUCCAGCAAGAAGGACCAAGUCAUUGCAGAUUUCAUGGUGGAGUGCACAGCCAGAGGGAAGCCCGAAGAGGACGAAACGAACCAGGAAAGAAAAAGGGAGAUGUGGGAAAUACACUCUGAUGGAUCCUGCACCAAAGACGGAUCAGGAGGAGGAGUGGGCCUCACCUCUCCUGAAGGCUUCAAGGCCUAUCAUUCCUUCAAAUUCAUGUUUCGGGCCACCAACAACGAAGCAGAAUAUGAGGCCCUCAUCGGGGGAAUCCAGGUUGCCCUAUUCAUGAAGAUAAAGAACAUUCGCCUCAAAUCCGACUCAAAACUAGCCAUUGGGCAGCUAAAAGGAGAAAUGGAGGCAAAGGAAGGAAGGCUAAAGAAAAAUAGAGACUGCGCCAAGAGCCUACUCGAGAAAUUUGAGUAUUAUGAACUCAUAUAUGUUCCAAGAGAAGAAAAUGAGGAGGCAGACAUGCUUGCCAAAUUGUGUAGGACUGUCCUGGUCCACAUGGAAAGCAUGGUGAGGCAGCAUGAGAAGACCUGUCCUAUUUGGGAAGAGAUGGUCCAUAUCCUUGAGAUAUCCGGUCCAGGUACAACAUGGAUGAGCCCCUUUCCACAUACCUUGAAAAGGGAGAGCUCCCUGUUGACCCCAAGCAGGCUCGUAGAGUCCAAUUGAUGGCUCCUAAGUAUCAGUUGGAUGGAGGGAGAUUAUAUAAAAGGACCUUGGGUGGACCGAUGCUCAAGUGUUUGAGUGAAAGAGAAGCAAGAAGAAUACUGGAAGAGGUGCACCAAGAAGUUUGUUCUGCCCAUCAAGGUGCCCUCACUUUGGCAAGAAAGGUGAUACUCCAAGGGUUUUAUUGGCCCACUUUGAAGAAAGAUGGACUGGAAUU